AUGGCAGCACAGGCGCAGGCUGAACCGUAUAAGCCAAAACGGACUUCGAACGCGUGCAUCGCUUGCCGGCAGAGCAAGAUAAAAUGUUCCGGCGCUGAUCCAUGUGCCAACUGCCAGCGGCGCGGUAUUGCAUGCAAUUAUACAGAUGCCAAUAAGGUUAUGGUUGAUGAGAGAUAUCUUCAGAAAUUGAUCGAGCAGGCGAAAGGGCAUCAAACUCCACAGCAGCGACAGGAGGCCUCACCGGGGUCCAAGCGAUCUGCUGAUGUCGCCUUUGGGUCUUCGGCCGAAGUGGAUACGACAUGUUCUGUGAGCACAGGGCCUCAGCAGGAGGAGCUACCUGCAUAUCACACCAUCAACCCGGAGCACAAUGUUUGGACCAACCCGUUCACUCUACCGUCGAGAACAGUUAAUGGUCUCUACAAAGGCAAAAGCGGCUGGAUAUGGCUGGCGCCAACAUCGCUAUGGUCCUUGACUACCCGGUUGUCUCUCAUGAUGGCGGAAAACCUACAUCUGGAGUCUCCAUACAAAGUCCCAAGCUCUUUAGAUAAAGAAGUCUACCCGUUACGUUGGCGACCAGCGCCGGUCGAGGAUCCUCCUGAUAUCAGCGGACUGCCUUCGAUCGAUGACGCGCUUUACCUUUUCAACACAGUUAAACAUCAUCUCGACCAGCACUAUCGAUUCUUCGAUGAAGAGUCAUUCACAGCUCGCUUACAGGAGUUCUAUUCCGGCAACUCCCUCCAAAAGGCCACCGAGAACCGCCUCUGGUUCGUACACUUUCUUCUAGUCCUUGCGUUCGGCAACGCAUUUCUCCUCCGAUCUCGAAAUACCAAGGAUCCCCCUGGGUCCAAAUUCUUCCUGCGCGCCAUGUCUCUCAUGCCCGAUUAUACGAAUCUCUGGACCGACGGGCUCCUAGCCGUUGAGGUCCUCGCUCUAACCGGACUGUACCUCUACUCCAUUGACCACCGGGAGUCAGCGCACGUAUAUGUUGGACAAGCCAUUCGAAUAGCCCAACUCGACGGCCUGCACACAGAACUGCCAGAGAACGAACUGGGCGCCGAUACUGUGGAUCGCUGCCGCAACCUCUGGUGGACGCUCUAUGUGAUGGACCGACAUGUUUCAUCCUCACUGGGUUUGCCGAUGACUACUCAAGAUAGCGACAUCACCACCGUACUGAAGCCUGCGAAUACAGGGUCAAGGCGGGACGCUACGCUAAGCCUGCACGUGAAAUUAUCAUACUUAUUUUCAUCUAUCUUGACAUCAAUCUACAAAAACGAAAAAACCGAGCUGGGAACGUUCCUAGAUAAAACAAGAACGAUUCUCCAGACCAUGACUGUCUACGCCCGGGAGAUCGAAGAAAUCGUUCACCCCAAGACCUCAAACUCGGUCGAGACGAUGCCGAAAGGCACGCGCUAUAUCACCCUUCUAUACCACCAAUGCGUCUUCGUCGCAACACGACCCCUCCUCCUAUCCGUCCUCAAAGAGCGUUUAGAAAGAUCCAACCACGGAAUAGAGGAGUGGCAGAGCUUCCUCGCCCCAACCAAAGCCCUAAUCUCGACGGGGAUAAAGUCGGCCCUUAAAACAUUACAGAUCCUAACUGACGAAAACAGUCUCCUGGAAGUCUUCCUCCCCUUUGAAAUGGAAGUAACCUACGGCGCCGCCCUACACCUAAUGAUAGCAAACACGCUCUUCCCACACUCUACCGAUAGCACGCCAGGCUACAGCUGGAGCCAGGAAGCACACUCGAUCCUAGACGAAAUGGUCUCGAAGGGGAACAUGCUCGCCGCAGCACGCAAGACCGAACUUUCGCAUCUGGAAAGCCUCUUCAAUGAGCUGGCGGCGAGGAUCGAGCGCGCCGGGCUGCAGGCUUUGACUCUCACCACUCCGGAGGGGUAUAUGAAUGGUGGGGCAGGGGCGGCUGAGAAUUUGAAUGUCAUGGGCGGUGCGGGGGUUAUACAUCCUGUUGAUGCGCAGGGUCAGAUCCAUAUCCACGGCCAUGGCCAUCCCCAUCCCCAGCAGCUCCAACAUCCACAUCCGCAUCCGCAUAUGCAUGACCCAACGGGAGUGCUCGAUCCGGAAUUAGGGAUGGAUACACACGCACACGCACACGCCCAUGCCCAUGGCCCAUAUAGCGACCUUCAAUCCUCCCCAUCAUCACCCCUGCCCCAUCUAGCGAACAGCGCCGAACUGCUCAGCGAGAUCGGGAUAUCGUCGUACGAGUUCCUGUCGAUUAUCGAGCAGAUUGGCGGGCCCGAGAACAGCAGUGUGUUGGAUCCGAGUCCGUCGUGGAAGGGGAGUGUAUGA